GUUUCUUCUUCGGUGCAUCGCCCAAACUCGCGCGAACGCGGCUUGUCACAAUUUUCACGAUCAGCCAGUCGGUCGGUGAUCGUCGUGGGAAAAACACGCAACUCUCGAGAUAUCGUUCCCUAUGGCUCAUCAUCGUCACUAGGUAGCUGUGACGAGCUACUAGAGACAAUUAUUGGCAACCGCGUGGACGCCAUAUUGGAUAACUUUUCACUCCACUCCAAAAUGUACCGUUUCCAGUUCGUCGCCAUACUCGGUGCUUUGCUGUUGAGCUGUGCCGCCGUGGAAAGCAAGCGGGAGAUCCCGAUCGGAGCCAUCUUCCGUGACAGCGCGGACGAAGCGGUAAUCGCCUUCCGGUAUGCGAUCGAGCGCGUCAAUAUGCACGAGAAGCACUUCGAGCUGGUUCCGCUGAUUCGGUUCGUGCCGAACAUGGACGACAGCUUCAAGAUGGAGCGAAAGACGUGCGAACUGGCAGCGGAGGGGGUGACGGCCAUCUUCGGACCGAGUUCGAUGCUAAGCUCUGGUAUCGUUAGCUCGAUCUGUCGGACCAUCGAAAUUCCGCACAUUAUAACGCACUGGGAUCCGGAACCGCUCGGCGGUUUGGAUCUGGAGCUGCAGGCAAUGACGCUCAAUCUGUAUCCGGAGGCGGAUGUACUGUCGCAGGCGUUGCGCGAUCUGAUCGUAGACUACAGCUGGAAGAGUUUCACGAUUAUCUACGACAGCGACGAGGGUUUGAUGCGGUUGAAGGACGUACUGCAGAUUCACGAACCGGAAGAUAGCCCGAUUACGGUGCGACAGAUCGAUGACGAUCCGGACUAUCGGCCGCUGUUGAAAGACAUACAAUCAUCCGGAGAAAGCCACAUCAUACUGGAGGUUCAUCCGAGUAAAAUAAUCGAAAUUCUGCGGCAAGCGAAGGAAGUUAAAAUGCUGGAGGAAUACCAGAGCUACAUCAUCACUUCGAUAGAUGCCCACACGUUGGACUUUGACGAGUUUAGAUACUUUCGGUCGAACAUUACCACCAUUCGGUUGAUGGAUACCAAGAGUUUCGAAAUCAAGAAUGCCGUUCACGACUGGGAGCAGGGUGAGGCUAGGAUGAAAAAUUUGUUUCGUGUUUCACCGGAACAUGUCCAAACUGAGUCUGCCUUGUACAACGAUGCAGUCAAAAUCUAUGCCACGGCUAUUCGGGAACUGGACGCCACCGAAGAGAUCACUCCAUCCAGACUGUCGUGUGGUAGUAAGAAUUUAAGACAAUGGCCUUUUGGGUUACGGAUCGUGAACUACAUGAAAGUGAAAACCGAACAUGGCAUCACUGGACCAAUCAUAUUCGACGACAACGGUCGCCGGACGUACUUCCAGCUGGAGAUAAUUGAGUUAAGCCAGCACGAGGGUUUCAAGAAGAUUGCCACUUGGGAUCCUCGCAACGGGGUGAAUUACACCCGGAGCCAGGAGGACGUCCACCUGCAGAUCGUUGAGUUUUUGCAGAACAAAACAUUUGUGGUGGCCUCGCGAAUCGGUGCACCGUUUCUGAUGAUGAAAGAAAAACAAGAGGGAGAAAUUCUAGAAGGAAACAAUCAGUUUGAAGGCUACUCGGUAGACUUGAUCGAAGGUAUUGCGCAGAUUUUGGGAUUCCAGUACCGGAUGGUUCUCGUCCCGGACGGUAAAUAUGGAUCCUAUAACAAAGCGACUAAAAAGUGGGACGGAUUGGUGAAGCAUCUGCUGGAUCGGAAAGCUGAUUUAGCAAUUUGCGAUUUGACGAUUACCUACGAACGGAGGACGGCCGUCGAUUUCACGAUGCCUUUUAUGACUCUUGGAAUCAGCAUUCUCUACGCCAAACCGGUACCGCAACCUAAGGAUCUGUUUUCCUUCCUGUCUCCACUUUCGCUGGACGUAUGGAUCUACAUGGCGACCGCCUAUCUGGGCGUUUCGGUUCUGCUGUUUGUAUUGUCCCGUAUGGCUCCGGCUGAUUGGGAAAACCCGCAUCCCUGCAAGCAGGAAGACGUCGAGGAGGUCGAAAAUAUCUGGGAUAUGCUGAAUGCGCUGUGGCUCACCAUGGGAUCAAUUAUGGGUCAAGGUUGCGAUAUACUGCCCAAAGCGGUAUCAACCCGCGUGGUCACCGGGAUGUGGUGGUUCUUUGCACUGAUCAUGCUUUCCUCGUACACGGCCAAUCUGGCUGCGUUCUUGACGAUGGAACGAAUGGACGCAACGAUCGAGAGUGCGGAAGAUCUGGCCAAACAGAGCAAGAUUAAGUACGGCGCAGUACUCGGCGGUAGUACGCUAAGCUUCUUCCGCAGCUCAAACUUCAGCACCUACCAGCGGAUGUGGGCUGCGAUGGAAUCCGCCCGUCCGUCGGUGUUUACCAAAAGUAACGACGAAGGUCGGGAUCGCGUACUCAAGGGUCGAGGUUUGUAUGCGUUUCUGAUGGAGUCCACCUCGCUGGAGUACAUCACCGAACGGUACUGCGAGUUGACCCGAAUCGGUGGUCUGCUGGAUUCGAAGGGAUACGGAAUCGCGAUGCCUGUCAAUUCCCCGUAUCGAACUGCGAUCUCCGGAGCCGUGCUUAAAAUGCAGGAAGAAGGAAAACUAUCCCAGCUGAAGGAUAAAUGGUGGAGAAAGAUGCAUGGCGGAGGUCGCUGUCAGGGUCCGGAAGGGAAGACAGGCGGAGAUAGUGCCGCUGAACUGGGUAUUGAUAACGUUGGUGGUGUCUUCGUGGUCCUAGCGUUCGGUUGCUCUUGUGCCCUAAUAAUCGGUAUACUGGAGUUUUUGUGGAACGUUCGCAAAGUUGCCGUGGACGAAAAGGUAACCCCAUGGGAAGCGCUUAAGGCGGAACUGAAGUUUGCGCUGAAUCUAUCAAUUACCAGCAAACCGGUGCACAGCACGCUCAGCGAGUCAUCCUCCGGGAAGAGCUUGACGCGGUCUAAAUCGGAAUCCAGACGGGGUUCCGAGUCGGCCGGACGGAUCAACAACAUUCGAACCGGCGCUAGCUUCCCGAAUGUGGACAAAAUUGGAUUUGCUUACACUAACAAGUGAACGGUGGAAGGAGCUUGGGACUUGUUUAGGAUCGAAGAUGAGCAAUGUUUUGUGUUAGAAUUAGAACUUUGUGAAUGGUUUGUUAGAAAAUAAAUAAAUGUGUAUUAGUUAAAUAGAAAAAAAUCGCAGCGAAAAAGAACUGCGGAGAGAACAGGAACAUGUUAUCAGGAUAAGCAUGUCA